GUUGUUGUUGUUGUUGCGCGCUUAUUGUGGUGCGGUGCCCCAACGUUUGUGGGCCCAGUGCCACAGUGUGUGUGUGUGUGUGCGUGGGUGUCUGAGGCGCGCUCGGCUAACCGCAGCUAGACAUCAGUAUCACGGCGGACGAGCAACAUAGCAAGCAGAUUCGCAAAUAGUAUUAAAUCGAAAGUUGCACGGUCAACGGUGUGCACACGGGUGUACUCUAUACGGCUCUACUACGGUCCUAGCUACGCUCCGCGGCAGCAUCCGGCUACGUACGGCACACCAGACUCAGCGGCAGCUCUGCUUAGUUAGUUAGUUUGAGUGCGACAUGCCCAUGGAGGUGCUGAAAAAAGACGCUGCUCUGGGCUCGCCCAGCAGCGUAUUCUAUUUGCUGCUGCUGCCGACCUUGGUGCUCUGGUAUAUCUAUUGGCGGCUAUCUCGUGCUCAUCUCUACAAGCUGGCCGCCCGUCUGCCGGGACCACGCGGCCUGCCCAUUGUUGGCCAUCUAUUCGAUGUGAUCGGACCCGCUUCGUCUGUUUUCAAAACAGUUAUACGCAAGAGCACACCCUUCGAGCAUAUUGCCAAAAUGUGGAUUGGCCCCAAGCUGGUGGUCUUCAUCUAUGAUCCGCGCGAUGUCGAGCUCCUGCUGAGCAGUCAUGUCUACAUCGACAAGGCCUCUGAGUACAAGUUCUUCAAGCCCUGGCUGGGCGAUGGUCUGCUCAUAAGCACAGGUCAAAAGUGGCGGGCACAUCGCAAACUAAUCGCGCCCACAUUCCAUUUGAAUGUCUUGAAGAGUUUCAUCGAGCUCUUCAACGAGAACUCGCGCAAUGUGGUGCGGAAAUUGUGUGCGGAGGAUGGACGCACAUUUGAUUGUCAUGAUUACAUGAGUGAGGCAACCGUGGAGAUUCUAUUGGAGACUGCCAUGGGCGUAUCGAAGAAAACGCAGGACAAGUCCGGCUUUGAGUAUGCAAUGGCCGUGAUGCGCAUGUGCGAUAUACUCCAUGCCCGCCAUCGCAGCAUCUUCCUGCGCAACGAGUUCAUCUUUACGCUGACGCGCUACUACAAGGACCAGGGUCGUCUGCUCAACAUCAUACACGGCUUGACCACCAAGGUUAUACGCAGCAAGAAGGCGGCCUUUGAGCAGGGCACACGUGGCUCGCUGGCGCAGAGUGAGCUCAAGGCCGCUGCGCUGGAGCAGGAGGAGCGUGAGCGGGAACAGCAGCAGAAGCUGCAACCGCAAUCGCAAGCACCUUCAGUGGCGGCAACGCCUGUCGCCGGACUUUCGUAUGGUCAAUCCGCUGGGCUAAAGGACGAUUUGGAUGUGGAGGACAAUGACAUUGGCGAGAAGAAGCGUUUGGCCUUUUUGGAUCUAAUGCUGGAGAGUGCGCAAAACGGUGCGCUCAUUACGGACACGGAGAUCAAGGAGCAGGUGGACACAAUUAUGUUCGAGGGACACGAUACCACAGCGGCCGGCUCAUCCUUCUUUCUCUCAUUGAUGGGCAUACACCAGAGCAUACAGGAUCGCGUGAUUGCCGAACUGGAUGGCAUCUUCGGUGACUCGCAGCGUCCGGCCACGUUCCAGGACACGCUCGAGAUGAAGUAUCUGGAGCGUUGUCUUAUGGAAACGCUGCGCAUGUAUCCGCCAGUGCCGCUCAUCGCUCGCGAACUGCAGGAAGAUCUAAAGUUGAACUCAGGACCUUAUGUUAUACCACGCGGCGCCACAGUGACAGUGGCCACCAUUCUGCUGCAUCGCAAUCCCAAGGUCUAUGCCAAUCCCAAUGUCUUUGAUCCGGAUAACUUUCUGCCGGAGCGUCAGGCCAAUCGGCACUACUAUGCCUUUGUACCUUUCUCCGCCGGACCGCGCAGCUGUGUGGGUCGCAAGUAUGCCAUGCUGAAGCUGAAGAUCCUAUUGUCGACCAUAAUGCGCAACUACCGCGUCUACUCGGACCUCAGUGAGUCGGACUUUAAGCUGCAGGCGGACAUCAUACUCAAGCGGGAAGAGGGCUUCCGCAUUCGCCUGCAACCACGGCAGUUUGGACUGGCGACCACAACCGCCAGCACGGCAGCAUCAUAAACUUAUGCAAAUAUUUUUACUCAAGUGAUAGUCCUGGUUAAUAUACAGUAAUAUACAUAAAAAAAAAAAUAAAACCAACAAACACAUCAAUCUCACACAAACGCGCACACACACAGGCAGACUACACAAACACACACAGGCAAUAAUUUGAUUGAGAUUUUUAAACCGUUACAUUAACAAUUAACAAAGCCAGCAUAAAGCAACAAUUAUAA